AUGGAUAACAGAAGUCGACGAAAUUCUAUUGAAUUUUUGACAAUGUCACAAACAUUACAAUUAAAAUUGGAUGAAAGACGUGCAUCACAAUUAUCAUUAACAAGAAGAAAAAUUGUUAGUGCUCAGAGUGAACCAGCGCCCGAUCCAACAAAUUUAGGCUUGGGAGUUGUAAUUAUUUUGGUUAUUCUUCUUAAUGCUUGUUUUAAUUUUUAUCAAGAAGUAAAAUCAAUUAAAAUAGUUGCUUCAUUUUCAAAAAUGAUACCAGAAAAAGCAAUUGUACAUCGAAAUGGUAUUGAAGAAGAAAUAAUGGCCGAUGAAUUAGUUCCAGGUGAUAUUGUAUCGAUACAUAUGGGAGAUAAAGUUCCAGCUGAUUGUCGUCUAAUUACAUGCGAAGGUUUACAGGUGAACAACAGCGAUUUAACAGGCGAAAGUGAACCGGUUCGUUGUACAACAAAAUGUACAAAUUUAAAUUAUUUAGAAUCGGCUAAUCUUAUAUUUUAUUCAUCAUUGGUUGUACAAGGUAGUGCCGAAGGAAUUGUUAUUUCUACGGGUGAUAAAACCGUUUUAGGACAAGUUGGUAAACUAACUCGUGGUUCUGGCUCAUCGGAUAUAACUGCAUUACAUCGGGAAAUAAAUCGUUUCUGGAUAACAUGGGCUGCUUGGCUAAAUGUGAAGCAACAUGGCUAUAUUAGCGCUAAUGGGAAUGUUGUCAAUAGUAUUGGAAUGGUUAUUGCAUUUAUUCCAGAAGGACUUCCAGCUGCAGUUACUCUAGUGUUGACAAUUGUUGGUAAGUAUUCAAUGUACAAAGCUAGUUUUCAAACAUUUCUCGUAUUUGAACAAGAAUUCCUUUUUAUUUAACUUGAUUUUAAAUGAGAGAGUAUUCGGACUGGAGCGGAGGGUAAAAAAUAAAGUCAAUUACUAGAUGUGCAAAUCUUCUAAACGGUCAUUUAUCAUCGAAAAGUAUGUACUUUUUCUAGGACGGUCAAUCUCAGUGUGUCAGAAGCUUGGCGUGUUAAAAAAAUUUCUUAUUUGCUAUUUUUCUCGUGAACUAUUACAUCAAACGAAAAAAUGAUUGCAAAAUCCACUCGAUCGGACUCGGAGAUUGGAAUCUGGUCAAUUCCUUUGUGUUCCGAUAUUUUUUUCCCGGAGGAUCUGGAGAUCGGAUCCGAUAUCCGGAACUAGGUGGAUCCGUUAAUUUUCGGUGACCAGAAAUCGACGGAUCCUGUGAUGUGCACUUUAUACUUUUCUCUUUCUUUUCUGUGCACAUAAUAUAUCCACCGUUUUGUUUUACGACAGGAGCAUUUUAAUUACGACACUACAGAAAAUGAAAAAUAAGAAGUUGUCCUUCUCAAAUUCUUAACAGUGUGAAUCAUCGUUCACACUGUUCAACGGACGCGUUGUACACGUCCGAGCUAGUGAGCCCCACCACUCUCUCGAAUGAACAGAGAGAAGAACCAUUAGAAAAUGAAAGAAAAACUUGAAGACUAUUUUUAACCUCAAAAUUGAUCACAUUCUGUCAAAUCCAACGAAAUCCGAUUCAUCGGCCGGAAGAUGUCUGAUCCUGUCGGAUCUUUUCCGAUAUCUUCCGGCACGGAUUCCAAGCAACGGAUUUCCUGUAUGGUUGCUGUCGGAUUUUACUGAAUUCCUACAACUUCCGGCAUGUUCCGAUGUUGGAUCUUGACGCCGGAAUGGACGACUUGGGUUGUCACUCUUAGCCAAAACAUAAGAAAUAAAAUCGCCAUUUGAUAGGCUUAAACAACAGCGGUAGACAAGUAGAAUGCAUUAUUAGUCUUAGUGUUUAAAGCUAGAUGGUCACUUCUCAGAGUGUGUUUUGCAUACUUACGACCUACGUCCUAGACUGUCACUAGGAAUCCGCUUGACGUUCACUGUAUGUGUCAUGUAAAUAGUUUAGUUCUUACAGUUACAUAAUGUGUACAGCUGUGAUUAAUGUGCCCUCAAUGUUACGCAUACAUGUUAGAUUUUGGGAUACUACCUUAUAGUAUCUACAGACUAAAAUUUAUUUUUCUUUACCCCACAGUGGACAUCCAGGCGGACAUUCAGCGAGGAAUUUACGAAUAAAAAGUGCUGAAGAACAAAUACCUCAUAUGAAUUGACCCC